UCAGAGAUCAGCGCUCGCGCGCCGUCGGGUCUGCCGGCCCACGGGACGACAUGCGUCAACCACGCGGCCUGCGCUGAGCACAGCAUUCGCACACGGUGAGCGGGCAGGUUUGCGCCGACCAGCGAGCAUGGACGUGGGUCACCGGUCGCUGCCGCCGUCGCGCCGCGAGAAGAAGCGGCCGGCCGAGGGUCCGCUGGCGGCGCUAGCCGGCGGCGCGCCCGAGUGGCUGGACGUGAUUCCGUGCGGUCAGCUAGGCGCUGUCAGGGACGUCCUGAAGGCGGCAGCCGCCGCUGCCGUCGCGGAAGACAAGUCAGCCGUGCCAUCCUGCUACGAGUCUUGCGACUCGACGAGUCUCUCGAGCUUCGACAACGGCUCUGAGGGCGGCGCGGGCAGCGGCAAGGAAGCGCGCUCCAAGGACGCCUUCGCGGGCCGCUACUCGUUCAAGUCCAGGGCCGACGAUCACACAGACGGGGGCUGCCAGAUCACGCGCCUGUGCAUGAACCGGGACGCCUCGGUCCGCUCCACGGGCUUCGUGCCGACGGUGGCCGACGCUGGCGACGACGAGCCGCCCGAAAUCCUCGUCACCGCGGACGCCAGCCGCUGCUCGGACGACGAGAACGGCAGCCGCUGCGCCGUCGGCCGUGGCUCACCGUACGCGUCGCUGCCGAGGGAUUUCCUUCGGGUGCCCCGGAGCCGCAAGGGCCGCCUGGUGCUCUCGGGACCCAAGAAGGCCGGCCGCAAGAAGGGCGCCGAGGUGUUCGAGGUGCGCCGGGUGCCCUCGGACUCGGCCGACUCGGGCAUCUACACGAGCUUCGGCAAGGAGAUCCGCAGCUACGGUCUGCCGCAGGAGGACGCCGCCGCGGCUCCUGCCGGCCGCAACAUGCCGUCCCCGGAGUCCCAGGUGGCGGAGAGCUCGCUGGCCACGGUUACCGCUCCCGCAACGGUGGCGGCCGAAGUGCCGUCCGACGAGGAGCGCCGCCGGCUCGGCCCAAGUGGAGAUGGAGCGGCGCCGAAGGCAGCGCAACACGGAGCUGGCGACCAUCUUCAUCUUCAUACCCGUGCUCAUCGCCUGGAUACUGAUUGUGCCAUUGGUGUUGUUUUCCUACUCGUUCGAGAACCCGUACAGCAAGCACUUCGAGGUGGCGCUGUGGAUAUGCAUUCCGCUGUCCACGCUGGUGCUCAGCGCUACGUGCCUCGUGAGCAACGUUUACUGGUACUACGACGGCGAGGCUGGACGCUGGCGGUACCGCAUACAUUGCGGAAAGGGACCCGCUAACUUUUACUGGGGUGACGUGCUCACAGAACCUGGCAACGGGAAGCAGCAGCAGCUGGGCAGCGUGCAGGUCGUCUAGCAAAAGGCACAGUGGCCACGACGGAAUGGCCGAGGCAGGGCCACGUUUCCACGGGCAGUCCCUGUGGCACGAGACAGAGUUGCAAGUUCGGUGCCCUACAAUUACACGAGUCGUUAGGGCAGGAUCCACUCAGUGGUUCCGUUCAGGAAAGGGCUGGGUUAAUGUAAGGAUGCCAUUAAAACGCUAUUCCUUUUCGCAUUUCGUCAUUGGUGCGAGCGGUGCUCCGCCCACCUUAUUGCCAGGAUCGGCCGGCUAUGAAGGGUAGAUGACAACAAGGGAAUACGAUCGAGCGAGAUGAAUUCUUACGUUAUACCAGCCCAGGGCUCGUAUUCACAAAACUUAUUUCGUUAACGCCGUCAGCGACUGCCCAUUGACGCGGCCGUCGUCGAGUUAUCUCGCCGAUGGUUAUUAUUACGUACUAUAGUGGCAGGUGCCCGAACGCCGGCCGGAGAGCAAGUGUGUCGUGAACACGGGCUUAGUUUUAUUUUCUGCACUUUGCACACUAAACGUAAAGGAAACAGGGUUCUGUAAUCCGCCCGGAGAGACGUGAUACUGUAUGGGAAUGGAGAAGCGCAACGUAUUCGUGCACAACACCGUGGCACUGGUAUGCUCAUGCUUCGGCAUAUUACGCCCGCCAAAUUUUGGAAGGCCGCGCAACUAGGCACUUUUAUCUAGAUCAAUGCCGAAUUUCCCUUUGGUGUGCAUUCAGUACCGCUGAAAGCUUGGACUGGCCGGUGUAAAUGCAGUUCGUCGACAGGCUAUCGCCGCAGUUUGCCAACUGAGAGCCUCUUUAGGGGUAGUGGCCAUGCAGGCUGCAUAGUGUGCUCUGUGUUGUUUCAUGUGCUUUUCGUUGUGAUCGCGCUACAACAAAUGAGAAAAUCGCCUACCAACGAGUCCGUAUAACUGCUCUCGUCGACUUGAUAGUGAGGAACACGUCGCGUGUCGGCGGCACUACAUAAGAGUCGAGUUCAAAAAGUAAUUUCGAGCGUGAGAGCGGUUGACGACCGACUGCGCCGUCUUGGGUGCUAACUUUGACGCAAGACAACAACAAACUUCACUUAUGUAAAGAAACCCCUAUGUAUCUGAACCCGUAAUUGCGGUAAGGAGCUCUUCUCAGCGCGCUAGGUGCUUCAUCAUUAGACAUUAUGGAAGCUACUGAUGUAGAGAGUGUCCCGUGUGUAUAACAUUAAGAUACGAUUUGGGAAAAAACAAAAAAAAAAAAGUUUGAUCGCUCGUUUUCAAAUAUUUGGGCACAAUCAACCUUUGGUAAUGAAUAUUUUAUAUGAUACGCGCGUUUAAACCCUAUCGGUUGCAGUUCACGCAAAGCGACUUCCGAAAGUUGUAUCGCUUUGGGGACCAGUCGACUUCCCUCAUUCCGGCUGUUCCCUACGUUAGUCUGGGAACUCUGACAUUUAAACGCAAAACGGCCUAUUAUUUAAUCGUCAAAUGAAGAUGAGCACUUCUAGUUCUGAACACAGUGCUCAUCGACACUGUAGUAACGACGUAUUGAAAAGAGACCAAACUUACGACGUGAUGUGUAGUACAAACAGCAAGAAAGGAAGUCGACACGGUGAAGCAAAAUGGUCAAUUUAGCCGGCAAUAGUUGCGCUAGAGGCGUAAUUUUAUUUUUACUUCGCAUAGAGAAUGUCGCUGCACGGCGAUGCCUUGAAUUUCUGCUUUCUCAUUUUUUUUUUCAUGGCACUGUUGCAGACUUCUCAAGAAUACCUCUCGCACAUACACAACUGCAGUGAUAGUUGAUGUUUUGCAUAAACAGAACAUGCUGCACAGCAAUUCUGCUUUUAUAUGACGAACACAGACGCAAAAUAAAUAUUAAACGAAAGUGGAUGCAGCCAGCGUUUAAGUACAAAUAAGCAUAAUAUAUCCCGUUGCAAAUACUUACGUCAUGCGUUUCUUUUUUUAAACAAAAGUUUUGUGCGCGCUUUAUUGCUGAAAAAUUGCAUUAUUGAAAGUUGCGAGUAGCUAUGCCAUACACUGCUCUUUUGAUCGAACGUAGGAGACCUACGAAAAUGUUUUACUCAGGGUGCCAUUUGAGAUCUUCUAUUUUCUUCAGUGCCCAGAACACGCGUGCAAGGAGAACUUCUUAUGCGUUUCACCUGGUGCAGCUAUAGCAUUUAUGGAUGCUUCACACUGUACUGUACACAUUGCAUGCUCUACAGCAAUUCCUAGCGGGGCUCAGGACAGAGUUCGUCUUUAUUGGAGAUACGUAUGUAUACUUCAGUACGGGGGCAUCUGUAUUGUUUUACGUUUCACAUUUUGUCGUUGUUUGUUGUGUUUUAUUUUUCAUCUUUUCGUAGUAUUACUCUGUCAUCGUUUCACCAGUAUGCACCGUGUUUUUCGCACAGGCUUAGCGCAAGCAUGAUGGAGUUUGCGCAUUCGCGAGCUGGCUUGACUUUGUGCUACAAUAAAAAAGAAUGACUGUGCGUGAAAUUUUAUUACGCAUCCCAGCCUCGCGUCUGAGACUGGCGAACGGCUACGCACUAAGGAGUCGCAUCCUGCGUAGUGUGGAAGCUGGUGUAAUGCGUGAUGUCUUUCGGCAACUUGAUGAGUGAUCAAUGUCCUGUGUGUUUGAACGUUCUUUAGUUUCAUGUGCUGUAUAUUAUUUCGCUUAGAGAAGCCUCGACGAACCCAUGUAUCCUUGUGGAAAUAUGCACCAUGUAUCCGAAAGCCACGUCACAGUAAAAGUGCUGCGCGUCCUUUCUGUGCUGUAAAAUGUAUUGAGCCCCUUAGCCUGUACCUUUGCAAACAUAUUGAGAGAGAGGAAAACUAGUGGUCAUUUUUUGUCGUGCAACACCAGGUUAUCGUGCACUCAUCAAAGAAUGGAAGGAGCCCUUCCAUUUUGCCCGCUCAGAGGCUACGUGUUGCUCUCAUAUGUAAAGCCCCAUCAUUAAAAAAAAAAACCAUUUGACGUGGCGCCUACCAGUAGUCCGAAAGCUACUAGUACAUCGAAGCCGUCGGUGUUGUAUUUGUACUCUUUGUACCUGUAUGUAUUCAGCCAGUUGCCAUGGUUCCAUCGCCAUGUUUUGUUCUUUAUGAAACAAAUAAACCGCAUAAAACAAUA